UCUAGAGAAAACGUUCUCUUUCUUCGGAAUCGGCCGUGCUCUCUUGCCUCUGGGCUCCUCUGUCACCCUCCUCGCCGUCGUGUUCCCCUCUGUCUCGCGGCUUCUGCUCGCGGGCAUCACCGGCCGCGUCCUUUGCCACCGCAGCCCCAGCGCCGUCCAUGGAGACCCCGCCGCUCUCCUCGUUGCAGGAGGAGGGGGAGGAGGAGCCCACCGUCGAGGACUCGUCCGCCUUCUCCGCCGCCGCCGUCCCGCCUCGCCCCGCCACGCACAGCCACUCGCUCCACAAGUACGCGCCGCUGGACUGGUCCGCCUACUUCGACGAGGAGCGCCGCGUAGCCAUCCUCGACACCGACGACGUUUUCAAUGUGUACACGGCCGGAUCGGAGGGGCCCGUCGUGUUCUGCCUGCACGGAGGUGGCUACUCAGGGCUUUCAUUUGCUCUAGCAGCAAGUCGAAUGAAGGACAAGACUCGUGUUGUUGCCAUGGAUCUACGGGGACAUGGGAAAUCAACAACGAAUGAUGAUCUGGAUUUGUCCAUCGAAACUCUUACCAAUGAUGUCAUAGCUGUUAUACGUACAAUGUAUGGAGAUCUGCCACCAGCAAUUAUACUCGUUGGGCAUAGCAUGGGUGGUUCAGUGGCUGUACAUGUGGCUGCAAGAAAAGAAAUUCGAAAUCUUCAUGGGCUUGUUGUAGUUGAUGUUGUUGAGGGAACAGCAAUGGCUUCACUGGUUCAUAUGCAGAAGAUCUUAGCAAAUCGGGCACAGCAUUUUCCUAGCAUUGAAAAAGCAAUUGAGUGGAGUGUCAAAGGUGGGCCAUUAAGGAACGUCGAGUCUGCUCGUGUGUCCAUUCCAUCUACCUUGAAAUAUGAUGAAUCACGAGAAUGCUAUACAUAUAGCACUCCUCUUGAGCAAACAGAAAAGUACUGGAAAGGAUGGUAUGAAGGUCUUUCAGACAAGUUCCUAUCUUGCCCAGUGCAAAAGAUCCUAUUGUUAGCUGGUACCGACAGACUAGACAGAGCUUUAACAAUUGGUCAAAUGCAAGGAAAGUUUCAAAUGGUGGUGGUUCGGCACACUGGACAUGCCAUACAGGAAGAUGUACCUGAAGAGUUUGCAUCGCACAUACUGAAUUUCAUAUCCCGCAACAAAAUAGGCCCAAACGGUGUUGAGAUACCUGGGCUUAUUAAAAAAUGGCAGCACUAGACAUAAUAUACAAGUUACUGUUCUGGUAUUGGCAGUGUUUAGGAAAAUGAUGAGUAGAUCUGCCUAUCCGAGUUCUCUUCCUGUCGAAGAGGAAAAAAGGUUCGCAUGAUCAUGCAAGCGUGAACAUUCAAUCAUCGGUUUUCAUCAUCUGGUGGCAACUCCCCCAUGAGAUCACUCUGCGACCUGCCGGUGUCUUUUGUACGAGUUGUUUGUAUGUAAAGCUGAGUGCAUUGUAAUGCUUUCCGUGAGGUUAUUAUACUCCUUCAAGCAGGAUAAGGUCGUUAUGAUAGCUGUUUGUUUGGAUAUCUGCUGGCUUCGACAAGCUUAGUAGGAAUCAAUCGAAGAAGCCUGCUUUGAGCACGUUUCAAAA